AUGAAUGCGCAAGACAGUUCUCAAUCGGAACAGUGCUUUGUACCUGAGACAGAGGAAAGUCGAAGACACCGAGAAAGAAGAGCCCGGCGCGAUUGGAGGCGCAGGCUCCGAUUACACGUCAUUUCCAGGCUAACAGAUGACAAUCUCCGUGAUCUACUCACGAGGCCGGCAGAGGAACGAGAUGAAGACAGAAAUAUUCUAGAUAUGGAGACUGUCCGACAAUACGUGCCUCUUGAAUUCGAAGGCAGGCCCGUCCCCGAUAUAGAUGCGCCGGAGGAGCUUACAUGGGCAACGGAAGAGGCUGUAAAAAAGCGACUGUGUGGAAUUGAAUCUAUCUACGCGUACACCUGGAGUCAGCCAUAUAAUCGUACGACCCGUCUCGUAGCCCUGUGGUAUGGUGAAGAGGAGCCCCAGCUGCCGGAGUUUCUUCAGGACGUUCCUUAUUUCGAGCUUCGAUUGGGCCGUGAUCCCAGAAAUAUUCGUCCUCAGGUAUCAUGUAAGAUUCUUUGUGUUGAACCCCAGUCUAUUUCCGCAGUGAUGCAGCCUACUCGUUCUUUCAGCAGCCUAGGAUUCUUAGGUCUUCUGGAAGAGGAUACUCACAAUGGAGGCCGUGUGCGCCAUGUAGGCGUUACAGUGGGCCAUAUCCUAGACGAUAGCAUCGAAGAUAUAGUUGAACUUGAAACUGAUGAUCAGAUGUAUUCGGUCCAGCUACAUCCAGCGCCCAACUUCGAGCGACGAGGGAGGAGGAGACCCGCCUUCCGGAACCACUUGCCUAGGUUCCGAAGUUGCUUCGAUAGUAUCUGUCUUCUCGAGGCAGACACGCUGUCGGCUGAGCUGAUGGAUUUGCUCCAUAUAUCCAACGCCAUAGAUUGCAAUGCCCUUUUCUCUGUGCCAGAAGGAAUUCCUCUAGUUGACUCUCUCUGGGACCCAGCUCUCCUUGAUAGCGAACAUGUUCUCAAGUCCUUAACGCAGAUGCUUCCACUGGAAGUACAUAAGCAUGGAGCUGCCACCGGACAAACCACAGGCCAACUCGUGGAUAUUGAAGAUUUGGAAAAUAACGAUAGCCACUUGAAACAGACACUUGGAGAUGACACUCUGGCGAAACAGUUGGUGAUCGAAUGGCUGUCCCCCGAGAAGUCGUUUGCGCGAGAUGGAGAUUCUGGAAGUCUUGUGUACGCAAAGAAAAAUGGUAAGAUUGUCCCUUUAGGGAUCCAUCAUGGAUCCGAUGAGGGCUUAAGGCUUAGCUAUGCAUAUCUUCUGUGGUCAUGGUGUGAGGAGCUAGAUAGGAAACUGGGCCUACGGCUUACAUUUUGUCCUCCUGGCCGCUGCCCCAACUAA